AUGGGCCAGAACCUGAUCACAGGUGCUCGUUACAAAGUUGGCACAGCUGUGGCGCAGGGGUUCCGUAGGCUGCGGAUGGCGCUGCAAGACAGCUCCGUACGCCACGUGGACAUGAACGUGCACAACGUCAUGGUGCAGUUCGAAGAUCAUGAGGGCCUGCUUGGCCACGGUUGCCUGACCCUCGGAUUCAAGGUGGAUUGCGUGAAGCUGCAUCGACACCAGGGCCGCCACUUCAGCGCGCAGAUGACUCGCUGGUCGGUCUACGCCGAGCCCUACGCAGCGGCAGAUGCGAGCAGGCGAUCCUCCAUGUCUGGAUGGAAGCCCAACCGGACUGUGAAGAAGAUGGUCCGGUUGACCUGCGCCGAGCGGUUUCGCUCCUGGGCCUUUGCGAAGAUGGAGGACGAUCAUCCACCAGAUCCGCUUGCACUGAUGAAGCGCAUUGAGCGCUUCCCCGAGAGGCACAACAUCCUCACGGUGCAGCAGGUGGUGGUGCGAGGAAGCCCAGCAGAAACCCACGAAGCAGAGGAGCCCAUCAAGAAGCCCUCCACUGAGAGCCGGCUCCUGGCUCCCCUCCGGGCCGUUUUGCGCAAGGACGAGCCUUCGGCGUCGGCCUCCCGAGCGGUGGACAUCGAAAGCCAACUCUUUGGCUCGGAUGCCUCGCAGGUGGAUGCCUGGGAGUGGACGAUUAAAGUGCGGCCCGUGCGUGUCAUUGUGGACGACAUGCAGUUUCGCUGCCUCAGGUAUGUACGCCGCUGCGUCGCCAACUGGUGGGCAUGGGAUACGGCUUUCCAGUGGUAUCCGGACUUGCGGCCCUGUGACCCAGAGGUUCGCCGCGCCUCGCCGGCGGAGAGAAGCGUGGUUGUACGCUUUUGGUGGGUCUAUGCCGCCCAUCGUGCCCUCGUAUCCUUGGGCCGGCGUCCGAACUUCAUCUACCUGAACCUGGUGCGUAAGGCCAGCUACCGCCACAAGCACCGCAGCCUCAUCACCGAAGUCCUUGAACGGUCCAGACCGCUGAUCCCCGGGGCACGAUUAGCGCUGAAGGCUUCGGCGCACCAGCGGCAGCAGCUGUCAGAGCUGCAGAUCCACUUGCCCUAUCCGGACAUCCUCACGUGCUUCAGGGAGGAGCUGGGGAAGUGCGCGAUGAGAGGAUGGGCAGCCCGGCCAGCAGCUAUGGCCGCAACGGACGGGCCUUUGCCCGAAAGGGACGAGGAGCUGGACUCCGUUGUUGAGGAUUCCGACUCCGAUGUCUCAGAGGGUUCGGUGCCUGGUGACCUCUCAGGCGACGAGGACCAGCCCGAGGCAGAGCCGAGCCUGGGCGGCCACUGGGAGCUGCAGUGCGACCUGGGCAGCCAAGCGGGUGGCAAAAAGCCGUAG